GAAGAGCAGUUAACGUCAAACGAUUGGAGAGCAGACAACGAAAGUUACGGAGCUUGAGUUGCAUUUUUGAGAUUUUUCGCAAUUAAAAGAAAGUUAAGCAGUUUUGGUUGGAAGCGUAGAAAAAAAAUAAAAAUAAAUUAAAUUUCAUAAAAUGGAUUACACGCCCGUUCCCACAGUUGUGCCCUCUACACCGUUUGAUGUUUCAGCCGAUAGUCAAGCUUUGCGCGGUGCGAUGAAGGGAUUUGGCACCGAUGAGCAAGAAAUCAUUGACAUUCUAACCGCGCGCACCAACAGUCAACGACAGCAAAUACGUCAGCGCUAUGAGGCUGAAUUCGAACGCAACCUCAUCGAUGACUUAAAAAGUGAACUCGGAGGAAAGUUCGAAGAUGUCAUCGUGGCAUUAAUGACACCACCAGUCGAAUAUCUUUGCGAGCAAUUACGUGCUGCAAUGGAUGGUGUUGGCACCAAUGAAAGCACUCUGGUUGAAAUAUUAUGUACCAAGUCCAAUGAGGAAAUGCAUGAAAUCGUAGCAGCGUAUGAAGACAAAUAUGAUCGUCCAUUGGCUGAACAAAUGUGCAGUGAAACGUCAGGAUACUUCCGACGUUUGUUAACGCUGAUUAUUACUGGUGUGCGUGAUCCAAUUGGUGUUGUUGAUGCUGACAAAGCAAAAAAUUUAGCUUCAGAGCUAUAUGAAGCAGGAGAAGCUAAAUUCGGUACUGAUGAAGAGGUCUUUAAUCGCAUUAUGGCACAUUCCAGUUUUGCGCAAUUACGUUUAAUUUUUGAAGAAUAUAAAGAGCUAUCGGGGCAGACAAUCGAACAGGCUAUAAAACAUGAAAUGGAUGGUGAAAUGCAUGAAGCUAUGAUGGCCAUAGUUGAAUGUGUACAGUCUCCAGCUGCUUUCUUUGCAAAUCGUCUAUAUAAUGCUAUGGAUGGUAUGGGUACUGAUGAUGAGACGUUGAUGCGCAUUAUCGUAUGUCGCUCGGAGAUUGAUUUGGGUACUAUCAAGGAUGAAUUUGAACGUAUCUACAAUCGUACACUAUUCAGUGCUGUUACUGAUUCCGAGACUUCCGGAGACUAUAAACGCGUAUUAACAGCACUUCUAGGCGGUGCUUAAGUAUAUAUGCAGUUAAGCAUGCUAAACGUCUAUGGAAAACCUAUAGGUUCAGUGGCCUUUACAAAUAAAAGAGAUCGAUUUUAAAUAGAAAAAUUUUAUAAAUUUUAUGAAAUGAAAUAUACAUAUAUAUGCACUGACAUUAUUAAUAGU